AUGAUUGAACUAAAAGGCGUUGGUUCAACUAAAUCUACAAAUUUAUCUAUCGAAAUUAUAAAAACCUUAAGGAAAUAUGACUUAAAUUUAAAUCAAGUUAUUGCAGUGACAUCCGACAAUGGGGCAAAUAUGUUAAAAACGACAUCGUUAUUGUCCAAGUGCCUUACAAAAUUUCAAGAAGAAGAGUUUUUAGAUAAUGAUAAUUAUCAGCAGCUUUUAGAAGAAAUAGAAAACGAUUGUGAUAUAGACAUGGGAGACAUAACUAUAUGCAGAUACAUUUCGUUAAACAAGGAAUAUGUGACCAAAUCUUCAAAUUCUAUAGAGGAAAAUAACGGUGGUGAGGAGGAAGACAUAUUAACAGCAUUUUUACGACAAGACGUAAUACAAGGAUGUGAUAUAAAUAUCUAUACAAAAAUAGAAAGGCUGAUGUUACAUUUUGAGACAAGCGAUUGUUGUGUAUUAGAUUAUUGGAAUAAAAGAAAAUCAUUGGACGAAGAAUUAUUUAUAUUAUCGAAUAUUAUAUUCGGUGUUCCUCCAACACAGGUUACAAUAGAAAGAGCUUUCUCAUCAUUAAGAAUUAUAUUAAGUGAAUCCAGAAACAGACUUAGUCCUGAAACCUUGGAAAAUAUACUAUUAGUUAAGUUAAAUCCUGCACUUUUAGAUGAGGCGAUAGGGAACUUAGCUUACCUAAUUAAGUUAGUUUUGAAAUAUUUGCAGAAAAGUUGGAUUUUACUGCAAUAA